AUGGCGGUGUCCGUGGGGCUGGGAUGUCUGAGGUGGCUGCCCGGGGUCGCGUGGCGGAGCAGGCGUCCUCACUGUGAAGAUGUUGCCUUGAGCCACUUCCUUCAGUCCUUGAGGAAGCCGCCUCUCAGAACCUUUUCCACAAAUGCCAGGAAAGUCCACACUGCCCCUGCCCGCACCUUGUCCCUGCUGCGCCCCCUGCCCAUCCUGGUCGCCACAGGUGGCGGGUAUGCCGGGUACCGGCAGUAUGAGAAGUACCGGCAGCGAGAGCUGGAGAAGCUGGGCUUGGACAUCCCGCCCAAGCUUGCUGGCCACUGGGAGGUGGCCUUGUACAAGUCGGUGCCAACACGCUUGCUGUCGCGGGCCUGGGGCCGCCUCAACCAAGUGGAGCUGCCGCAGUGGCUGCGCAGGCCCGUCUACAGCCUGUACAUCUGGACCUUCGGGGUGAACAUGAAGGAGGCUGCGGUGGAGGACCUGCAUCACUACCGCAACCUCAGCGAGUUCUUCCGGCGCAAGCUGAAGCCGCAGGCCCGGCCUGUGUGCGGCCUGCACAGCGUGAUCAGCCCCUCAGACGGGAAGAUCCUCAACUUCGGACAGGUGAAGAACUGUGAGGUGGAGCAGGUGAAGGGGGUCACCUACUCGCUGGAGUCGUUCCUGGGCCCCCGCACGCCCGCAGAGGACCUGCCCUUCCCCCCAGCCACGCCCCACAGCUCCUUCAGGAGCCAGCUGGUCACGCGUGAAGGGAACGAGCUCUACCACUGCGUCAUCUACCUGGCCCCCGGGGACUACCACUGCUUCCACUCCCCCACGGACUGGACCGUCUCCCACAGGCGCCACUUCCCAGGCUCCCUGAUGUCCGUGAACCCUGGCAUGGCCCGCUGGAUCAAAGAGCUCUUCUGCCACAACGAGCGCGUGGUCCUGACCGGGGACUGGAAGCACGGCUUCUUCUCGCUGACGGCCGUGGGGGCCACCAACGUGGGCUCCAUCCGCAUCUACUUCGACCGGGACCUGCACACAAACAGCCCCCGGUACAGCAAGGGCUCCUACAAUGACUUCAGCUUCGUGACGCACGCCAACAAGGAGGGCAUCCCCAUGCGCAAGGGCGAGCACCUGGGCGAGUUUAACCUGGGCUCCACCAUCGUGCUCAUCUUCGAGGCCCCCAAGGACUUCAACUUCAAGCUGCAAGCAGGACAGAAAAUCCGAUUCGGGGAGGCUCUGGGCUCCCUCUGA